CCACACACACCGGCAACAAACAACACACACACCCUCUCCCUCCUCUGGUCUGUCCUCCGGAUCCUGACAGCACACACAUCCAGCCCCUGUGGCCCCAGCGGCGGCGGACACUUCCACGCAUCCCGGCUCCAGGCUCCACAGCCCGCUGUUACCGUGGACCUAACACUGCCUUACUUUGUGGACAUGGGAGACAUGGGGGAUCCGCCGAAAAAGAAGCGGCUGGUGUCUUUGUGCGUGGGCUGCGGGAACCAGAUCCACGACCAGUACAUCCUGCGGGUGUCCCCGGACCUGGAGUGGCAUGCCGCCUGUCUGAAAUGCGCGGAGUGUAGCCAGUACCUGGACGAGUCCUGCACAUGCUUCGUCCGGGACGGAAAGACUUACUGUAAACGGGACUACAUCAGGUUAUACGGGAUUAAAUGCGCAAAAUGCAACAUCGGUUUUAGCAAGAACGACUUCGUAAUGAGAGCCCGCUCCAAGGUCUACCACAUCGAGUGUUUCCGCUGCGUGGCCUGCAGCCGACAGCUCAUCCCGGGGGACGAGUUCGCCUUGCGGGAAGACGGACUCUUCUGUCGGGCCGAUCACGACGUGGUGGAGCGAGCGAGCCUGGGCCCCGGAGACCCGCUGAGCCCGCUGCACCCCGCCAGGCCGCUGCAGAUGGCAGCAGAACCAAUCUCGGCCCGGCAGCCUGCGCUCCGGCCUCACGUCCACAAACAGCCGGAGAAGACCACCCGGGUACGGACGGUCCUGAAUGAGAAGCAGCUGCACACGCUGCGGACCUGCUACAACGCCAACCCCAGGCCCGACGCACUGAUGAAGGAGCAGCUGGUGGAGAUGACCGGCCUCAGCCCCAGGGUCAUCCGGGUGUGGUUCCAGAACAAGCGAUGCAAGGACAAGAAACGGAGCCUGUUGAUGAAGCAACUGCAGCAACAACAGCCCAACGACAAGACGAACAUCCAGGGAAUGACGGGCACCCCCAUGGUCGCUGCAAGUCCGGAACGGCACGACGGUGGGAUCCAGGCCAACCCGGUGGAGGUGCAGAGCUACCAGCCGCCCUGGAAGGUCCUCAGCGACUUCGCCCUCCAGAGCGACAUCGACCAACCGGCCUUUCAGCAACUGGUCAGCUUCUCGGAGGGGGGACCGGGUUCCAACUCGACGGGCAGUGAGGUGGCGUCCAUGUCGUCUCAGCUACCGGACACGCCGAACAGCAUGGUGUCCAGCCCCAUCGAGGCCUGAGCCUUUGGACUGAACUGAACCAACACCCCCACCCCCCCCCACCCAAACCCAUCCCCCAUGCCCCAUCCCUCCAGACUGCACCAAACAACCCCCUGGUUGUGUUUUGACACUGUGAAGACAAUCAUGGGAUUUUACCACAUCAGUCACCCAUUCGAACGCUCACCCUGAAGACACGCGGACGGAUGCGUCAUGACGAGGCGCGCGCUCACACGCCUGGUUACAGAUUUUUGCCAAAACGAGAAUAAACGAACCCGACUCCACCCGUCAAACUGGACCUCUGAGUAGGACAAGCAUCCGAACCCCUAGAUUUGCAAAAUGCUGUGCGCUAUAGAAAAAAAAAAACAGACUCUGGUGAUUUUUACUUUUCAAUUCGACCCCACGCGCCUCAUAGACAUCUGGAGGGGAACAGCAGCUCUUCUUCAUUUAAUGACAUCACUUUCAUCUUUUGGUCCAAGUACUAAAGCAUUUGCAACAAGGUAUACCUCUAUUUUGCCACAAGCUUCGUGGGACAUUUGUGUGAGUUAGUGUCCGUCCAAGAUUUUUUCUUUCCCAAAGAUGUGUAUAAUUAAUAAUAAGUUAAAAAAAAA